CUUUUUCUCCCAAUGCAACUUUCAAUCUCAUCAAAGCAUGGCGCGAGCCUUCCGCCUUACCACCUGUAAAAUCACAAUUAAAUUGCUCAUGUGCCGCGCCCGCGUUUCGGGCCGAGGCAUCUUCUCGAACUGCCGGAUUUUGCCUGAUGCGGCAGAUCUUUGACCCUCUAACCAUAACAGAAUGCCUCAUCAUUACCAAUUUGAUGUCACAAUGACUUGCGCCGGGUGCUCCAAUGCUGUGCUGAAGGCAUUGGGCAGAUUGCAGGGCGUCACUGAGUCGAAAGUCGAUUUGGCUUCGCAGACCGUGGAUGUGACCACCGAAGAUUCGCUCGACUACGAGACCGUUUUGGGGGCCAUCUCCAAAACCGGCAAGAAAGUCAACGGCGGCAAAACCAUUAGUUAGAUCUUGUGCUCAUAGACUCCCUCAGCUGUUCCUCACGUCAAUGAUUUCGUCGAGACAGUUCUGCCGCAAGUCGCUUGGAAUAAACACGCUUUUGAUCACGCCCACUAAUUCCUCGGUGGAAAAAUCGUACAACUCGCCCUGGUAGAAAUACUCCAUGAUGCUUUUCAAGUGAUUGUUGAUGAGAAACUUUGUUUGCAUGAUCUUGUUUGUAGUUGCAAGCACGGCAAUGUCCUCGCCGAACUUGGCUAACACGCCGGCCUCCAUUAGCUGUAGGUUCUCCAAAUACCGG